AUGGAAGGAAGAAAAAGUGUCGCAAACAAUUCCUCGACUACCUCUGCAGUUAAAGUUCCUACAACUUAUGUCUCACCAUUCUCAAAACCCUUACGACCUCCUAUAAUACCAAAGCAACUUCCUCAUACAAUUGCAAACAAAUUGUUGGACAAUAUGCAUUUGCACAAAGAAACAGCUCAGCCAACAGGUCAGGCAACAACAACUAUCGGAACAGAAGCAUUUUCAGAAGAAGUUCAUACCAAUCAGACUCCAAUCGAACAUACAGAAACACAACCACCCGAAAAUACAGAAACACAUCCAAUCGAACAUACAGAAACACAUUCUGCAAUGACCACUAG